UGCCACCUUUGUCUUUAGUAUUAUAUUUAAUUUUACUUUCUUGCUUCACACUGACUCUUCCUUUUUCACUGUUAAAUAAAAAGAUAGAAGAAUUUCAGGCAAGAGAAAGAAGAGAUUUGCACUAUGUGAUGAAGAAUCAGAAUCAACACUGGCCAGGAAACAGACUAUCUUUUCUGCGGAGCUGGAUGUCAUGCCUCUUCUUGCUGGACAGACAAGUGUGAUGAGUCACUCUAAAGAAAAUAACUCCAAAAUUUUGGAUUGCUAUUUGAAUUUAACAGUAGAUGCCCCACUUAUGACUGAGAAACAGAAGCAGGAUUUAAACCCUUUGAUUAUAAAGAUCAGGUCUGUUGCUUACCUUCCAAUGGGUCCUGUGCCUCUUGAUCAGCUGCAGAAAAUGUGUGUUCCAGUAUACUGUAAAUACAAGUUUCAUGACAGUCCUGUUCAUCAGACUCAAGGACAACCCUAUGGAACACAUAUUUAUUUUGAUGAUGUCAAUGUAAUUCUCCUAGGGGCACUGGACCCUCAUAAUCUUCGUGAAUACCUGGAAGGGCCACCAAUGGAGGUCGAAAUCCAUGACCGAGAUAGACAAGAGGAGGCAUAUUUACCUGUACCUUCUCUAUUUGGGGACAAUUUGGCUGAUGCAAAUCUGAGCAAAGUGAGUCAUGUUACUUACAACGUAGCCGAAAACCCAGCAGAAGUCAUUAACAAGAAGUGGGAUCCUUAUGGGAUCGCUAAGGUUGGUUUUGCUGAUCUGCUGCUUGGUCAAAAGUUGAUGGACUUGUUUGUGCCCAUUCACGGAUGUAAACCUGAUUCUUCUUACUUCCAAAAGGACAGCAAAGGACGUAGGAAAAGCUUUGGUGGUCAUAAUCCAACGAAUACUCUGCAAUCCACUCCAAUGCCCAUGGGCAACUAUUUUGAAUACUCCUCAUUGCUUAGAUUGAGGAUAGAAUUAUGUGUGCCUCUGAAGUUAGGAGUAGGCAUGGGUAAAGCUGCAAAUGAACGGUUUGGGCGCAUAAUUUAUAUUUUUGAUUCUUCAAAAAUUGACUUCUUGAGGGCUCUCCUGAAGAGUGUUACUGAAAUCAAUGCCAAGGCUCUCCACUUGGAAUCUUAUCCUCCUCAAGAUAUUCAAGAGGUGCUCUCAGCCUUUAAGGUGAAACUUAAAGAACAGACAAAUCUAGACCAGGAUGUGAUUACUGGAUUCCAUUUGUUAGAUGGACAGAUUCACCUCUUUAUUUUGGAAGGGUUGGCAGAGCAAGGACUGAAGAGGCUGUGGGAAAGACAUCCAAAUCGUGCACCAGGUUCAGAAGAAGGAAAGUUUCAAGUUUUUUAUAACUCGGAGUUAACAUUUCAUAAACGUCUGUAUGCGGAUCUGGAUGCGAUGUUAUACCAAGUCCAUCUCUGCAAACCUCUUUCAGCUUUAGUGAAACAGUCAAUGAUUUUUGUCAGAGGACUGAUUCCUCAACCAUCCUUUCAAGCCCUGAUAAAGCUCGACUCCAUCUGUCAUAGCAACAAACUCAAGGAUGUCAUAGAAGGAGAUCUGUUGCCUUCAGCAGAAAUGGUAAAAUGCAUGAGCCAAGAGUUUGGGGUUCCUAUGAGUAGGUCAGAAUUAUUAAUCCCAAGUCCGCUGAAGAGAGUGCCAUCUGCUCUUUUAAAGGUAGAAGGGCCAAGAAAACAAAUACACAGCUUUUCUUCCCUAAUCAAAUUACAUCAAGAAAAUUAUCUACGGUGGAAAAAGGACAUGGAGAUGAAACGAUCCAUAGCACCAACCUACAUUCAGAAAAACUUUUUUAGAGCAUCUCGAGUGAAAAGGACCUCCCAGAAGCCUGAAGUGAAAACAAUCAGAAUUAUUCCUGCUGAUAAGAAGUCUGUAUAUAACUACAGCAUUCAGACUUUGAACUCGGGGGAGCUUGCAAAGCAGCAAUUAAUUGCUCAGAUGGACAAGGAACGAGGGAAAAGGUUCACUUACUCUCAAAAAUACCUUGCAUCCAUUCCAGAACCUUUGGGUCUGACCCAGCAGAUACCCAAAUCUAAGUUCUGGCUCACUCCAGAAGGAUUUCAAGUUCCUGGAAAUCAGACUAGUUUUGAAAGUAAUCGACACCCAAAGAGUCCAGAUCCGAAUCGGGUAGAAGAAUUAAAAGAGUCAUGGCAAGAGAAUAGGCUAUUUGCUAAUAUUUUGAAGCCCGUCCUGGAUAGGGACAGGAUGAGCUGGGAGCAGAGGCAUUUGGAUUUUGACAUUUACAAGAAGCCACACUCUACUAUACUUCUUCCUGAUGAAAAAUUUUCCAUAAGAGGCAAGGCGAAAACUAACCAGAAGAAUCGAGUCCUUUAAUAACUGAUCCUGUUGCUUACUAGCAAAUUGUAAUCAUCAAACCUGUUCCCCAAAGAAAUGCUUCUGUUUCUAAAACCAACUGCAUUUAAAAAACAACAUAUUGAAAGCAAAUGGAUAAAUGGGUUCACCAUAUAUGUACUGAACUUAGGAGAGAAAAACUGCCUGCAGCCCCAGCCCCAGCCCCACUCCCAC